CUGUCAGCCUCCUCUCUCUGAAGCUCUGGUAAUGGAACCAGCUCCAUGCUUUGACCCUGUGGAGAGAUAGUGGGAAGCGGGGAUCAUCGGAGAGAUUUGGAUGGAGAAGUGGAACAUUGACUUGGAAAUCUCAGCGAGGUCGAGAAGUAGGUGAAAGACAAAAGGCAAAUUUGUGUCUUUUUCAGAUUAGCCAGUUGUAGAAUCUUUCUUCAGAGUUCCAACUGCCCUCCCUUUAUCCACAGCUCCCUAAACAUCCAGCCCACCUCCCUACAUUCGUACGCUUCUCCACCUCCUUUCCGCUGUUACAACUCUCUCUCCUCUUGCCCCCCCCUUCUCCUCCUCCUUCCAGCUGUCACAAACUGUGCGGUUGUACCCAACAGAGGGAGGUGGUCUGAUCUCCUGAUCUCUUCUGGUGUUGGGGAAAACUUUUCCAUUUGAAAUGGGUGACCAGGAGCAGGGAUCAGCAGCUGGUAACACCUCCCAGGUCUGGAUCAAUGGUGGGACCUUUCUCUACUGCAUCAUGCUUGUUGUCCGGGAGGAGGUGAAGCAGCUGUUUCUACUGGCUGGGCCGUUGAUUCUAUCACAGGUGAUGAUUUACAGCCUGAAUUUUAUCAGCUCUGCGUUCAGUGGACACCUUGGCAAAUAUGAAUUGGGCGCUGUGUCACUGGCAACGUCGGUGGUGAGCGUGACGAGUGUGGCUAUGGGGACGGGCCUGUCCAUGGCGUGCGACACUCUGAUAUCUCAGACUUACGGCAGCAAGAACCUGCAGCAGAUUGGGGUUAUUCUCCAGAGAGGUAUCCUUAUUCUCCUCAUCUUCUGCUGUCCCUGUUGGGCUCUCUUCAUCAACACGGAAAAAAUCCUUUUGGCGACCAAGCAGCGCCCAGAGAUGGCCAGGUUAUGCCAGCUUUAUGUGAAGAUAUUUAUUCCCGCUGUUCCUGCAGUUUUCCUAUACCAGCUCCAAGUGCGAUAUCUACAGAAUCAGGGUAUAACUAUGCCACAGGUAUUCACUGGACUGGUAGCCAAUGUUCUGAGUGCACUGAUGAACUACAUUUUCCUGAUCGUGUUGAAACUUGGAGUGGCAGGGUCUGCUUGGGCCAACGUGAUCUCGCAGUACAGUCAGAACAUUAUCCUCUUCAUGUACAUUCGCUGGAGAAAGCUGCACCUCCAAACCUGGGGAGGAUGGACGAUGGAGUCUCUUCAGGAGUGGGGCCCUUUCUUGCGAUUGGCCAUUCCCAGCAUGUUCAUGUUUUGUAUCGAGCUCUGGGCCUAUGAAAUGGGAUCGUUCCUGGCAGGCCUCAUAAGUCAAGUGGAACUUGGUGCUCAGUCGAUCAUUUUCCAGGUGUUGACGGUAUUAUACAUGACGCAUGUUGGGAUUGGAAUGGCAGCUGGUGUCCGUGUGGGCAUGGCUCUCGGAGGAGGGGAUCCGCAACAAGCUAAGAUCUCAGCAAUGACUGCUAUCGUUUGUGCUGGCUGCGUGGCCUUGUUCCUUAUGACCUUACUUCUGGGGCUUAAGGACCUCAUAGCCAAAGUUUUCACCAGUGACUGGCAAAUUGUUGACCUGGUUUCCAGGACAAUACCAAUUGUGGCUCCUGUCCACCUAUCUGAUGCCAUUGGCUCGGGAGUAGCCAGUGGGAUUGUCAGAGGAGCUGGGAAGCAGAAGAUUGGAGCAGUUGCCAAUCUCAUUGUGUUCUACAUUGUUGGGAUCCCUGUUGGAAUCUCAUUGAUGUUUACCGCAAAGCUUGGAAUUCUGGGACUUUGGACUGGAUUGGCUGUUGGUUCCUUCCUGCUGUCUUCCGUCCUCUUGACAUUGAUCUUUAGGAUGAACUGGACCACAGCUGCAGAAGAGGCUCAAGAGAGAACGGGAUUGAGGAAGGAAACUGGGCCCAGCGCAGUUGGCUUGAGCUUUGAUCUUGCAGAAGAUGGCUCCUCAGCGUUGUCGCAGGGCCAGGAGGACCCACAUCAGCUGGAACACACCACGCUGAUAGCGAGUACCUUAGCAGCUGGUAUCUUGUCGCCUGCCCAAUUGGUCGUUCGUCGUGGUCUUGCCGUUGUGGCGGGAUUGGUAGUUCUGGCUGUCGGGAUCACUGUCCACUUCACUGUUUAGCGGUAACUGUAGAGGAAUGCCCGCUGAAGGCUUCCCGUCUUGCAGCGGACACUAAAUAAAUAGAGGACUCUGGAAAUCCGAAACAAAAAAGGAGUGCUGGAGAAGCGCAGCGUUUGUGGAGAGAAAAACGGCAAAACUUUCAUAAGGGUCACUGGACUUGCAACAUUAACUCUGCGUCCCCUCUCCACAGGCUCUGCCAGGCCCACUGAGUUUCUCCAGCAAUCCCUGUUUUUGAUUGCAUUUCCCUGCGUAUGAACUGACGUUUUCCCAGCCACCAUCGGCUCUGAGGAAGGGUCAACACCCCGGACCCGAAAAGUCAACUGUUUUCUCCUCCACAGAUGCUGCCAGACCUGAUGAGCUUUUCCAGCAACUUUGUUUUCGUUCCUGUUUUUGAUUGACUGAGAGUGAAAAUCUUUCUCCUACGAUGGGGCUAGUCAUUCCCCCCCACAUCUGUGAGGGUUCUGUUCUUGUAAAUUCCUGCAAAGGAUGAAAUUCCGGAAUUUCAUAGGUUCAUAGUUCUUUGAAAGUGGAGUCACAGGUAGAAAGGAUAGUAAUGAAGCUUGCCUUUAUUGGCCAGUGCAUUGAGUAUAGUAGCUGGACGUUCAUGUUGCGGAUGUACAGGACAUUGGUUCGGCCACUUUUGGAGUACUGCGUGCAGUUCUGGUCUCCCUGCUGGAGGAAGGAUGUUGUGGAACUUGAAAGGUUUACAAGGAUGUUGCCGGGGGUGGAGGGCUUGAGCUAUAGGGAGAGGCUGAAUAGACUGAGGCUAUUUUUCCUGGAAUGUCGGAGCUUGAGGGGUGACAUUAUAGAGCUCAUGAGGGGCAUGGAUAGGGUGAAUAGACAAAAAUGGAGUGCUGGUGAAGCACAGCAUCUGUGGAGAGAAAAACGGCAAAACUUUCAAAAGGGUCACUGGACUUGCAACAUUAACUCUGCCUCCCCUCUCCACAGACGCUGCCAGGCCCACUGAGUUUCUCUAGCAAUCCCUGGUGUGAGGGAGUCAGAAACUAGAGGGCAUAGGUUUAAGUGGAGAGUAGCGACAUUUAAAAGGAACCUAAGGGGCAACUUUUUGAUGCAGAGGGUGGUGCGUGUAUGGAAUGAGCUGCCAGAGGAAGUGGUGGAUGCUGGUACAAUUACAACAUUUAAAAGGCAUCUGGAUUGGUAUAUGAAUGGGAAGAGUUAGAGGGAUAUGAGCCAGAUGCUGGUAAAUGGGACUAGAUUUAUUAGGAUAUCUGGUCGGCAUGGAUAAGUUGGUUCAAAGGGCCUGUUUCUGUGCUGUACAACUCUGUGAGUCUAUUCUGUGUUGGAUUUGAGUUCAAGCGCCUGAGAUGAAAGACAGGUGAUUAAUGCAUGGCAGUACCCAGUCAGCUUUCCCUCUUCCUGUAGUUUGUAUCGGAUUUUCUUCUCUCAGUUAUGCGUGUAGUUAGUUUAUAUUUAACGUGUUAGGGAUAUUUGUGUAUUCAACCAAUAAACUGAAGAGUAAAAAUUGUUCUGUCUCCAAAUUUGCUGCUAACUAAUAUGUUCGGGCAUAUUCAGAGGGAGUAUGAUUAUAUUGAGUCCACGGUGUGCUGAAGAAAAAUAAAUUGAACAUUGACCUUGAAC